UUUGAUUAGAAAUGUCAUGGCCAUUCCAUAACGUCAUUUUUGAUAACAUCGUAAACAAACCAAAUUCCUGUAAAAAAAACCUUGUAACUAAUAUCCAAAUGGCUUGAACUUUACAAGAAAUAAUCAUGAAAUAUGCGAAAAUCGUCCUAACCUUACUAUUAUGUUCUUCGACAUACAUAGGAGACUAUAUAGUGUUCAAAUCAAAGUACUCUCCUUCGCAAGUGUUUAGGGCAUUUUCAGACAGUGCUGUCCAUGCUACCAUAGGAUUCCUGUCUUCGUUGGUGUUCUUUAGCCAUGAGACAAGUGUCACGGGCCACGCAAAGCUGAUCAACGUUAUAUUUUGUACAUUUAUAUCCAGUUUUAUAGACAUAGAUCAUGUGAUGGUGGCCCGAUCUUUACAUUGGAAGGAUCUCACCACCCUCAAGCAGCGAGGCAUAUUCCACUGCACCACCUUCUGGCUCCUCAUCACAAUACCUCUCCUAAUCUACAGCCACAUAUAUAAAAAACUAAACAUAUACAUCUUAACCUGGAUGCUAAUACUAGCUUACUCAAGCCACCACAUACGAGACGCAAACCGGAGGGGACUCUGGGUUUAUCCGUUCGGACAUACAUCUCCGCUGACUAAGUAUAUGUAUGUGUGUUUAACGGUGGUGUUGCCGCAUCUAUUUGGGUUGCUGAGUAGGCAUUGGAGGCCUAUGUUACUGAAGGAUACUACUGUGGAAUAUAUGCUGGUGUAA